AUGGAAGUGGAUCAGGUACCUCAGCUCGCAAAAUGUCGCAUUCUUGCGGCAAUGUUGGAAGAAAAUGCCCACGAUUGGUUCAGCCAAUUGCUUGAGGCCUCUAUCUCGAUGUGGGAAAUCUUUGUCGACCUGUUCCUCACGCAUUUCCAAGCCACAUUGAUCUAUAGGCCGCCCUAUACAACUCUAGCUAACAUCAAACAAGAACCUGGUGAGUCUUUGCAGGACUAUUUUAAGCGUUUUAAUGCAGAAGUAACAAAAGUUCAGAAGGCUCCCGAGUCUUUGAUAGUUUGUAUGUUAAUAACAGGUGUCCUGCCGAGAACCGAUUUUUGGAAGGAGCUGCAGGCUCGAAGACACGAAUUGCUAGUCGAGUUCUUUGCCAUGGCAGAACCACAUAAGAGGAUUGAGAAUUCUCUGGCAGAAUUAGAGAAGGGCAAAGAUAAGCGUAAGUCAGCAGUGCCACGGUCACGAUCCCGCAGUCCCCGAGGGAAAAGUUCCAGAGGUCGAAGCCCAAGAAGACGCAGUCCACGAAGACAGCGAAGUCCGAAAUUGGCCAAGUCCCCUCCAAAGAAGGAAUCCUCACCGAAAAGAAAAGGUGGACCGCGCUUCGUGAACUACACUGAGCUCGCAGUACCACGAGACCAUAUCUACGCUAUCGAAGAGAAGAAUGGGGUCUUCAAGAAGCCUCCCCCCAUAAGGGGAAACCGCAACAAGAGGGACCCCAAAAAAAUUUGUAAGUAUCAUAAAGAUAUCGGUCACACUACUUUGGAGUGUUGGGUUUUGCAGGACGAAAUUGAAGAGCUGAUUAGGAGAGGGAAGUUCAACAAAUACAAAAAGAGCGAGGAGAGUCAUCCCCGAGCAGAUGACAAAGAAGAAAAUCAAAACGUGAGUGGUUCGAGAACUCCUCGAAACAUCCUGACCAUCAUAGGCGGGCCUCACAUCGUAGGUGAUUCCAGAAAGUUGCAGGAGCGAUAUGCAAAGGAAGCCAAGGAGAAGCCGCUCACCAACGUGAACAAUCUCAGCGAGCGACCAGAGAAGUUGUUCAAAAGAGAAUGCAAUGACAUCACGUUCAUGGAAAGUGAUGCGAGAUGGGUCCAUCACCCGCAUUCUGACGCAUUGGUCAUCGUUGCCAAUAUUGGCGGAGAUAACGUCCACCGUAUACUCGUGGACAACGGAAGUUCAGUGAAUCUCUUGAACUUCCAAUCCUUUAAACAAAUGGGGUUGCAUGAGAAGGAUCUGCGACCUAUAGCGUCGAGUAUAUACUAUUUUACCGAUGACGUCAUCGCAUUGAAAGGGAUGAUCAAACUCACGAUUACCUUGGGAACCGCCUCUGUAGUAGCCAAGUCGAUGGCUGACUUCGCGGUAAUUGACCAAUAUUCGGCAUACAAUACCGUGAUUGGUCAGCCAAUUUUGAAAGAGAUGAGAUCGUGA